ACCAGGUCAAGACCUGAUGAAGACAGAGCGCUCAAAAUAUUGGUUUAUUUUUUAUGAAUCUUUUGUCAUGGUGAAGAAAGUGCUGAUUGUGUUUUUCUUAGGGCUCUUCACACUAUCCUCCUGUCAGUAUCACUAUGUAACGGACCCUAAAAACUGGACUCAAGCACAGAGGUACUGCAGAGAGAAGUACACGGACCUGGACACCGUAAGCAACAUGGAGGAUAUGAACAGACUGAACCACUUGACUAUAGACAGCGAUUAUGAUGGAGCAGUGUGGAUAGGACUGAAGAAGGGACAGAAUUCCAGGUGGCAGUGGUCUCUGGCAGACAUAGACUACUAUAGUAAGGGACAGACUCAGUUUAGUGAAUUUUGGGACCAAAACCAGCCAGAAAAUUUGAAUGAAGAUUGUGGUGUCAUGGAGAAUUCUGGAAAAUGGCACGACUAUUUUUGCACUGCUCAACACUUUCCAGUGUGCUACGACGGGACUAAGUCUCCAGCUGGUCGUUUCCUAAUGGUUCAACAGCUAAUGACCUGGAGGGAGGCUCAGCUCUACUGCAGAAAGAACCACAUAGACCUGGCUAGCGUGAGGAACCAGACUGAGAACAAAGAGAUCUGUAACGUGGCCGGGAGGAGCAACGUUUGGAUCGGCCUGUUCAAAGACACCUGGGAAUGGUCGGACCAGAGUAACUCCUCAUUCAGAUACUGGGUCGACAGAGAACUGAACGAGUCCUGCGCUGCUUGGAAUCGCAGUACCUCAGGCCAAUGGAUAGACAUAGAAUGUCUUAUGAAAUGUCCCUUUGUUUGCUACGGUAGUAAGUUAAGAUCCCUUAUUGUGCCACCGAACUCAUCUCCUUAAAAUGGGAUGUUGUUUUGUAUGCAAUGGUGAAUGUUCAUCUUAACUGUAUGUGUGUAUAUAGUUGAAGUCGGAUGUUUACAUACACUUAGGUUGGA